UCUAACUCUGAUACAUCUACUAAAUAAUAAUUAACUAACAUAAUCUUGUUGACAAGGGGGAACGUGAAAGAGUGAAAUGAGAAUUGAGAGAAAUGAAUUAGAUUUUGAUUAAGGUGGUCACUCAAUUGCGUUUCUACUAUUUAUUUUCUCAAGUUAUCCUCAUCGUCAUUGAUAGAUUAUAAUUUGAUGCACAUAUUUUUUUUAUAUGAAGAAAUUAUCUUGGUGGGGCGGGUAUGGGGAUGGGUAUGGGGCGGGGGAAGCUAAAACCAUACCCGCCCCAUACCAUCAAACUUUUUGCGGGUUUUACCCAUACCCGCCCCAUACCCGGUCAAAGCGGGGAUUCCCCGCGUUGACUGGGUCGGGGGCGGUCGGAUACCCGCGGCCAUGGGUUUGAUUGCCAUCCCUAGUGGCCAGUCAACAGAAAACAUUAAGCAAUUCCAUGCAAUAGAGGUUGGAAGAAAAGAAAUAUGAAUCAAUCCAUCAAUUCUAGAAAUAGCUACAUCCUAUGAUGUUUCCCCAAUAAAUUGGGGUUAGUUCAUGACGAAAAUAAAGCACUCAAUCAUGUUUAUAAUCAUAAUCGAAUUGAAGCAAAAGGAAAAGAAUACUGAUAUUUUCUUCCCCGUUGCUCCGCAUGUUCUGCUCCUUGCUCGCGAUCGCCGCAAAGCGCCGAUGCUUCGCUCGACUGCUCACUCCUGUCCCAGUUCACCCGCAAGAUGCUGUCUUCUCCGUGUCCGAUUCUUCCCCAGCCAAUUGCAUUCCGCCCUGAUCAACUUCUGCUUUUAAUUGCCAACUCCUUUUAUCGCCAAAAACUAUCACCAACGUGGCUCAAGAGUCGAGAGAGGCUGCUCGAGGUCGAUGGAGGCAUUUCGUAGCAAGGACGCGACGAGGGCGUCGCAAUAAUAGGUGAGGGAGGAUGUCAAGCGUGACGGGUGACAUGACGAAUGAUGUGGCGGAUCAUGACCAAGUCAAGCACGUGUGGCAUUAAGGAAGGCCUAGUAGCAUAUGAUUAUCCUAGGAUUCCCCAUCUUGAAGAUGAGCUUAAUGGUGCACAUAAAGAGCCACAUUAUGAGGUGGUAUAAUGGUGUGCAUUAUGGGGGAAACUUAAUAGGGUGUAGUAAUGGGGAGGGACCAUUAUGAGGGGAAUUGAUGCUUUGUAUGAGGAGAGGCCUAUAUAAGGAGCCAUCUCCCUCACUUGUAACUCAUUCAUCAUUUAUGUGAGCAAUACAACUAUAGAGUUUCUCCCAUCUUCUUGUGUCUUCUUCUUGUGAGUUGAGUGAGUUUGAGAUCUUGUGAGAAGGCUGCCUAGCAUCUCUAACGGAAUUGAGAGUUAGGGCCGCACAACCAAGAGUAAGGCUGUGACAGUUGGUAUCAAAGCCUGGUUCUGAAAGAAGAAUCAGUGUCCUCGCUCCCCAAGAAGGAAGAUAAGAAAGAGCGAGAGCCUCACCAAAGAUGGCUGGAUCAGAAGUCUAUGAUGAUGGUGAGAAGGAGAAGCAACGUGGAAGAGAUCCUAACCCGGGCUCGAGGUCAAAAGGCACGUCGAGCACUCGGGAUCCUCUAAAGUCUCUAGAGAAGCGAGUCUCUAGAAUGGAGGUGAAGCUUUCAAAAGAUGUCACCGUCAUGGAGGAUUUGGGAGCUAAUUUCACCCAAAUCCAAGGCGAUGUUCAAAGUGUGGCGGCUAGAGUGACGAGUUUGGAGGUUGGCAAUGAAGGGCUUCGAGAUGAGCUCAUGGCCCUCAUCAAAGACACCAUCUCCACCUCCAUGAACGAUGCCAUUGAGGUAAUGAAGGAGGCGGUUGCUGCAGAGGUGAUCGUCUUGAAGGAGAAGGUUGCGGAGUUCAAAAGCGAGGUGACGCUUGUGAAGAGGGCCCUGGCUAACGGACCUGCCAUCGCACAACCUACCUCUAGAAUGGAGGUGAAGCUUUCAAGGGUCGAGGAAUGCCAGGGAGUUAGAGAACUUCCUAUGGAACUUGGAGAAAUACUUUGAAGCUUCGGGUAUUCGAGAUGAGAAUACCAAGGUAAAAACUGCAUGUUACACCCCGCUCUUCCCAAAAAUAAAAAUGACUAUUAUACCCUUGGGUCAAGUACCACCAUAAUAUCAACGAGGACUAAAAAUGUUAAAUGUUGGUUUAAGCGGUGUCAAAUUUGGACAUAAAUUGAGGAAGUUAUAACAUUAAUUGAGUUUCGGAUUAAACUCACACGCAACUGUGAGAUUCCCAAAACAUCCUCUAACUAAUUAAACCCUAAACCCUCUACCGCACUCGGCCUCACCCCAAUAGCAAAACCCACGCAUCCUUUUACUCCUCCUCCAAAAGCAACUUGCUAUCCGGACCCGGAAAAUCAACGCAUAUUACUCCCUCUACUACGAGAGCUGCAAGCUCGGGGGAAUCGCAGAGCAUAUCUCGGAGAGCUGCUUGCUUAAGAAAGCUCGUCUUCGUGUUAUUGCCAUCGGAAGGGGAAUCUCCUUGUUAUUGCUAGGUGGCAGACUUGCUAUCGGGUAAUCAAGGCAAGGAGAAGGGAGGACCAUCAUCCCCUCUACCACGAGAGUUGCUUGCUUAAGCAAGCUCGUCUCAUGGUUAUUGCUAUCUCCCCUGUGGACGAUGAGAUGAGGAGCAGCAGCAACGACAGGCUUUUUUUCCCCUCUACGAGAGUUGCUUGCUUAAGCAAUCUCGUCUUGUUAUUAUUGCAAUCUCCACAUCCACAAAAGACUUCUUUUUCCCUCUGAGAGUUGCUUGUUUAAGCAGCUCGUUUUAUUGCCAUCGCCCAUCGCCAUCUCCGCCAAGCAGGUCUCGUCUUGUUGUUAUUGCCAUCUCCGCCGUGACUUGGAUGCCAAUAAUGACCAAAGCAAGCUGGUCCAUUUAAUUCCAUUUGCCAAAACCAAGCUGCUCCAUUUAAUUCCAUUUGCAAGGCAAGCUGCUCCAUUCUUGUUGUUAUUGCCAUCUCCAUCGUGACUUGGAUGCCAAUAAUAACCAAAGCAAGCUGGUCCAUUUAAUUCCAUUUGCCAAAAGCAAGCUGCUCCAUUUAAUUCCAUUUGCCAGGCAAGCUGCUCCCUUUUAUUCAAGCAAGUACAAGUGUACUAUUAUCUUGGAAGUGGGUAUGGAAACUUUGGAGCAAAAUCAGAGCCAGUUCCAACGGAAGUAAGGUGAGUGUAAGGGGGUAAAUUCUACGCCUUACGGUUUUUCAAAUAUUUGUCUUGAGUAUUUUCAAGUAUUGAUUUACGUGAUGUAUGUGCAGUGUUUGAUUCAUGUUUGAGAUUGCAUGAUUAUGUUUGAUAGUAUGUGCUUUGGUUGAGCUAUGAUUUGAAGUGAAGAUGUAUGAGUUUAUCUCUUACUUUGAAGUAUAUGUUUAUGAGUGAUUAUUAAAGCUUAAGAACAAUCCCUUUUAAGACAUACUUCACCUUCGAAGAAGGUGAAAUCGUUUUAAGUGUUUUUAGUCACUAGCGCCAGUCCGUUGCCAUUUGAGAUUUUCAAAUAGAGCAGCAGUUAUGAUCUUGAGAUCUUUGAGACAGAGCAGCAGUUAUGCUCUUGAGAUAUUUAAGUUGAGCAGCAGUUAUGCUCUUGAGAAUCGUGGAAGAAGAGCCUUCCACGAUAAGUUUAAGUUUAAGGAAAGCCUUGAUGGCUUCUCAUACGUAUGAGUUCGCAACCGGACUAGCUAGUGAGGGAUCCCCAUGUCAGUCAAGAAUUUAAGUUGAGAUUUCAACUUUAAGAAUACAGUUUAAGAGUUAAG